CGUCCGGAGCGGCGGGGCGGGCGGCCGUGGGUGGCGGGCCACGUCGUAGGUAGCGCCGAGGCAGCCUCUUCGGUGUGGGAAUCGGAAGCCCUCCCGCUAGACCGGAGAGAGGCCUCUCUUCCCUCUUCCCCUGACGAGCGCCCCAGGAUCCCCGGUCACCACUUGUGCCUUACUUUGUGUGCUGAUAGAACCGUGAAGAGAGUGGAGUAAAAAUAAUGUGGAACGUUGAACUAAAUCAGACCCCGGAAGGUCCUGAUGCUGAUGCAAGGCAACUCGUCUUAAACUGUCAGAGUCUUAGCGCAGUCCUCUGAAAUGGGACAGGGGGCUCCAUCUCACUGAGAUGAGAAUUGGAACAGUUCGUAUCUCUCUAAAAUGGAGUGUUGCCUUUAAGUUAGGGAACGCCCUAUUCCUCCAUAAUGAUCGGAACGACCAAACAAUGCAGAUGUAAUCUGUCUAUAGAAAGACUGUCCCCUAGUGCUUGAAAUGCUUUUUUAGAAUAGUAGCAAAAAUGGAAAAAGAAAAAGUAAGGGAUGAGGAAACACCAGACCCAGAAAACUCUUUGGACUUUUCUGAACAGUUUAAUCAGCUUGAAUUGUUGGAAACCCAUGGACACCUGAUUCCCACUGGUACGCAGAGUCUCUGGGUAGGCGAUUCUGAUGAAGAGGAGGAACAAGAAGAAAAACACGAAGAAUGGUAUCAAUUGCAAGAGAAAAAAAUGGAAAAAGAUCCAAGCAAAUUGCUUCUUUGGGCUGCUGAAAAAAAUCGGCUUGCUACGGUGCAGAGGCUACUUUCUGAGAAGGCCACUGAAGUGAACACUAGGGACGAAGAUGAGUACACCCCUCUUCACCGAGCAGCCUACAGUGGACACUUAGAUAUUGUUCGUGAGCUGGUGGCUCAGGGGGCAGAUGUUCAUGCAGUGACUGUGGAUGGCUGGACACCACUACACAGUGCUUGUAAAUGGAAUAACACCAGGGUGGCCUCCUUCUUACUUCAGCACGAUGCAGACAUCAAUGCCCAAACAAAAGGCCUCUUGACCCCUUUGCACCUUGCUGCUGGGAAUAGAGACAGCAGGGACACCCUAGAACUCCUCCUGAUGAAUCGCUACAUCAAACCAGGGCUGAAAAACAACUCUCAAGAAACCGCUUCCGAUAUUGCCAGGAGGACAAGCGUCUAUCACUACCUCUUUAAAAUCGUGGAAGACUGUACCAACUCUUCACCUUCGUCUUAAUGGCUCCAGUCAUUUUCUUAAGCUUCAAAGUACCAGUGCCUCCUAUGUAUGAGAUGUAAAAUAUCCCCAUAUACAGAGAGCAGAUGUCUCACUACAGAAAUUUUGUUGGAUGAAUCACAGUUUUCUUUCAAGUGACCUGCUUGACCUUGGUGUCAAAAUGUAUUUGAGAGGUGUUUGGAUGCAGCUGUGGUGAAUGCCAUAGAGCUUGUGAUUUUUAUCAGAGGUAAUUUUAACUGGACAUGGGUAAUAGAGAAGCUAAGGAUAUUUUUUUGGUGCUGAUCCAAGAGAAAAGUAUUUUUAAAUAUCCUA